AUGGUAGAUUACAGCAAAUGGGAUAAACUGGAGGUGAGCGAGAGCGAGGAGGAAGAGUCUGAUGAGGAGUCCCCUGCUUCUCGCAAACACGCGCUGCCCAGCAGCAGCAGCAGCAGCAGCAGUAGCAGCAGCAGCAGCAGCAGGAGAGGAAUUGACUACAGCAAAUGGGAUCACAUAGGAGAUGAAGAAGAGGAAGAAGAAGAAGCGCAUGCGCCUCGCGUGCGGCGUUUAACAAAAGACCAGACAGUGACCAUUGGUCCUUCAGGUUUCAACAUUCUGUCGAAGUCAGAGGCAGCGCAGCAGCAGCAGCAGCAGCAACUGAAGCAGAAGCAGCAGGAGAUGCUGCAGAAGUGGGUGGAAGAGGAGCAGCAAGAAGCGCUCACUGAGACAGGGAUGUCUUUUGAAGAUGCACACGAAUGGCCCCGUUGCGGCCCGGUUCAGGCAGCAGAAUUGCCAGCAGCAGCAGCAGCAGCAGCAGAUGCAGCAGCAGCAGCAGCAGGCCUUCCUGCAGUUCUAUCAACAGGACUAAGUAAAUCAGAGAUGGAGAAACUUAUUCAAAAUGGGGGGGUCAGCUCAGGGCGCUACUUCUGGAAGCAAACACCAAAUGAAGUUAUGCUGUCUUUGCUGCUGCCGCUAGGCGUCCGCGGUAGAGAUAUGCGUGUACACCUCACAGAGCAGACCCUUCGCGUUUGCUGCUCUUCUGAUGCCUUCCAAUCCUCCACAACAGCCACCACUAGCAGCAGCAGCAACAGCAGCAGCAGCAGCAGCAGCAGCAGAAAGGGAGAACACGUCUUGUUAGAGGGGAGCUUCCCUCACCCUGUGGAAGCAGAUGAAGAUUCCUGGCUCUGGGAGGUUACAGAGCGGCGCAUUAACUGGCAGCAGUUGCAGCAGCUUGCUGAGCAGCAGCAGCGGCCGCAAGCAGCUAGUAGUAGCAGCAGCGAAGACAGCAGCAGCAGCAGCAGCAGCAGCGGCAGCAACGGCAGCAGUAUACAAGAGCUGCAACAAGAAGUGCUGCCUACGGCUUCGUUUUUCUUUGAUCUUCAUCUCAGAAAGAAAAAGCUUCUCCCGACUGCUGAUGUAUGGUGGCCGUGCAUUCUCAAGGGGGAGGCGGGGAUCGAUGUGUCGCAGUUGGCGGGGCGGCGGCAUCAGGAAAAAACGAAAAAUUUCAAAGAGGCGUGGGAGGCAGCGCAUGCAGCAUUCAAAGAGAAGGUGAAGCACCACCGUCGAAGCAACUUUGCUGAUCUUCUUGCUGCAGCAGCUGCCGAUGCUGCUGCUGGCGAUGCUGCUGGUGCUGCUGGUGCUGCGAACAGCGCCGACAAAGCCAACCAAAGCCGCAUCUUUUGGUGCUACAGCUGCUGCCGCAGCACCCUCCAGCAGACUCGAAUGCCCGUCUCAGUGCAGCAUCAGCAACCGCAGCAGCAAAACAGCAGAUGCUGCAGCAGCAGCAACAGAAACAGCGGCUGCAGCAGCACCAGCGGCAGGAUAGAAGAGCAGCAACAGCAGCAGCGAGAAAACAGCCGCACCAGCAGCGACAGCAACAGCAGCAGCAGCAGUAGCAGCCACCAACAGCAGCAGCAGCAACUACAGCAGCAGAAGCAAAAGUUCGUGCACUCAACAUGA